AUGACUCAACAAGAACCCCGUUCCCACCCACAACGGUUAUUGAAGGGGAGGAGUAUGUCGCUCCCCAAAAUAUUUGCUCGUAAUUUGAGAUCUCUUCAAAGCAAUACACCUGCUGGUAAUGCUGGGAAUUACAGCUGCUCAAAUUCCAAUGCUAGCUCUGUGCCCAUCAGCUCAAGCUCACACACUAGUAUGACUUCAAGUGAAAACAAAGAUGAUCUUCCAAUACCCUCUUCCCCGAAUGCAGAAUGUAAUGACGGCUGGCCAAGUGCUAAAUUUAACAAGUUUAAAUCGAUGUUUCAAUACAACAGAUCAAAAACUAAUGAUAUUUCAUAUGAACCGGCCUCAGAAAAGGAUCUGCUGAAGGACGGUUAUCAAUCAAGGUCCUCUGUGGAGCAACAGCAUAUUUCCACCAAUAGCGAGACCGAUGCUCCUAAUAAGACCAAUGCGACGCUUACGCUUAAUGACACGAUAGAAUCAAUGUCCACCUUUAUCUCUGACUGCUCUUCCCCGGAUAUGGACCUAUUUCACUUUGAUAUGCCCACAGACCCGUCAUCUUUUCACACUCCUACUUCUCCCAGUUAUAUCGCGAAGGAUAGUAGGAACUUGAGUAACGGUUCAUUGAACGAUAUAAAUGAAAACGAAGAGCUGCAGCACUUUCAUAAAAGCUCCAGUGAAAACUGCAAUCUCUCUCCAUUGGCCCACUCCUCCCUAUCGAACUCACCAACUACAAAACUGGCGGGGAAUAAAGGAAGCAAAAGGGUCACUGAACCUAGGGAAAUCACACCACGACUAAGAAGGGCUUCUUCUGAGCCUUUAAAUACUGCCAAAAUUGAGCUUGAGCGGGAGAGUUGCGUCGUUUUAAAGCAGCCUCCAAAUCUGCGGGAUAUCAUAGAACCAAAAAGAUCUCGUCGCCUAAGAACCAAAUCGUUUAGUAAUAAAUUCCAAGAUAUUACUGUGGAACCCCGGUCUUUUGAAAAAAUUAAACUACUAGGCCAAGGUGACGUCGGUAAAGUGUACCUAGUAAGGGAACUGGAUACUAAUCGAAUCUUCGCCUUGAAAGUUCUAAGUAAGCAUGAAAUGAUCAAAAGGAAAAAAAUCAAACGUGUUCUUACGGAACAAGAAAUCCUCGCUACAAGUGACCAUCCAUUUAUUGUGACUUUGUAUCAUUCUUUUCAAACCGAGGAUUAUUUGUAUCUCUGUAUGGAAUACUGCAUGGGAGGUGAAUUUUUCAGAGCUUUGCAGACAAGAAAGAGUAAACGUAUUACCGAAGAGGAUGCCAGAUUUUACGCUAGCGAAGUAGUGGCAGCCUUGGAAUAUUUACACCUGCUGGGGUUUAUAUAUAGAGAUUUGAAACCUGAGAAUAUCCUGCUACAUCAAUCCGGUCAUGUCAUGCUUUCUGAUUUUGAUUUGUCUAUUCAGGCAACGGGAUCAAAAAAUCCUACUAUGAGAGGCUCGGCAUAUCUAGAUACAAAGAUCUGUUCAGAAGGAUUUAGAACCAAUUCGUUCGUUGGUACUGAAGAGUAUCUAGCACCUGAAGUAAUCAGAGGCAAUGGUCACACGGCGGCGGUAGAUUGGUGGACUUUAGGAAUACUAGUUUAUGAGAUGCUAUUUGGCUGCACUCCAUUCAAAGCAGAUAAUUCAAAUGAAACCUUUUCUAACAUAUUAACCAUGGAUGUUAAAUUUCCACACGAUAAAGACGUUUCAAAACAGUGUAAAGAUUUGAUUAAAAAGUUACUAAAAAAAAACGAAUCCAAAAGACUCGGCUCCAAGUUAGGUGCCACAGACAUUAAAAGGCAUCCCUUUUUCAAGAGAGUUCAAUGGUCGUUCUUAAGAAAUCAAGAUCCUCCUUUGAUUCCUGCACUAAAUGAUAAUGGCUGCGAACUUCCUCUUAUAUUAACUUCAAAUGAUAAUUCCAAGAAUAAUAUAGUGAGUAAACAGGAAACCCAAAUGUUUUGUGAAAAUGUUGCGAAUGAUGACGAUAUUGAAGAAACUGAUCCAUUCCAUGAUUUCAAUUCCAUGAGUUUAACCAAGAAAGAUGGUAGCAUCUUGACUUAUUCGGAGGGUCAUACCUAUGGCAAAGUUCUAUACAAAGCAAAUUGUGCAAGAUCAAGAAAUAAUAGUAGCUCCCAUAAAAAUUUCUUCAAAGACAUGAUGCCGGGAGCCGUAAAAUGA